AUGACUUCUGUCAGAGACUUCCCCAAGAUCAAGGCCAUAAGGUCAUUUAUCAUCGGUGGUGUAGGAUCAGGUGGUGAUUAUCACAACGUCAAAGGUGGCCACUGGCUCAUCGACAGCGAUAUCUCAACUCCAGCUUCAAAAUGGGAUCAAUACAAGAAGUCGCGAACCAGCUGGGGAAUCAACGUCCUUGGCUCGUUCUUAGUUGAGAUCGAGGCCACAGAUGGAACCGUCGGAUUUGCAACUGGAUUUGGAGGUCCUCCUGCUUGCUGGCUCGUCCACGAGCACUUCGAGCGUUUCCUCAUCGGUGCCGAUCCUCGCAAUACCAACCUUCUCUUCGAGCAGAUGUACCGAGCCUCCAUGUUCUAUGGUCGCAAGGGCCUUCCUAUUGCCAUCAUUUCUGUCAUCGAUCUUGCCCUCUGGGAUCUCCUAGGAAAGGUUCGAAACGAGCCCGUCUACCGUCUUAUUGGCGGUGCUACCAAGGAACGUCUUGACUUCUACUGCACCGGCCCCGAGCCCACAGCCGCCAAGUCCAUGGGCUUCUGGGGAGCCAAAGUUCCACUACCAUUCUGUCCCGACGAUGGCCAUGAGGGCCUGCGCAAGAAUGUCGAAUUCCUGCGAAAGCACCGAGAGUCUGUUGGCCCGGAUUUCCCCAUCAUGGUCGACUGCUACAUGAGUCUUAACGUCACCUACACAAUCGAGUUGGUCAAGGCUUGUCUCGACCUCAACAUCAACUGGUGGGAGGAGUGCCUAUCACCCGACGAUACCGACGGCUUUGCGCUGAUCAAGCGUGCUCAUCCUACAGUCAAGUUCACCACUGGUGAACACGAGUACUCCCGAUACGGUUUCCGCAAGCUUGUCGAGGGCCGCAACCUCGACAUCAUCCAACCCGACGUCAUGUGGCUUGGUGGUCUUACUGAACUACUCAAGGUUGCGGCUCUGGCUGCUGCCUACGAUAUUCCUGUUGUCCCCCACGCCAGUGGUCCUUACAGCUACCACUUCCAGAUCUCUCAGCCAAACACCCCCUUCCAGGAGUACUUGGCCAACUCUCCUGAUGGCCGCAGCGUACUGCCUGUAUUUGGAGACCUCUUCACCGACGAGCCCAUCCCUACAAAUGGCUUCCUGACUACCGCCGACCUGGAUAAGCCUGGUUUUGGCCUGACUAUCAACCCUGCUGCUAGACAUAAGCUCAUCCCUAGUGAUUACUUGUUCAAGAUGCCCCAGGUUGGCUCUCUCCCACCUCCCAACCCUUCAGAGGAGAGUGAGGAAACCAGCAAACCCAACGGAACCCUUGAUUCGCUUGCGGCCAAGGUAGAGAGUCUCACAACCUCAUCAACUUCCUAG